UAGAAAUGUAUAAAAGGUCACAUUGAGAUCUGAUAGCCAUCAGUUGCUCGCCAAGUAGUCAACAAAUUGAUUCCAAAAAUGAAAUCGAUCAUCUUGAUUGCUGUUGCCUUCCUGGCUAUCGCCGCAGCUGCUCCCGUCGAGAAGGAGCCACCAAAGGUCGUCUACUACGUCUUUGAAAAAGAACCCGAAGGUUCCUACGUUUUCAAAUACGAAACCGAUGACGGUACCAAGCGUGAGGAGACCGGUGUUGUGAGGGAAACUUUGGAUGAGGACAACAAGUUGCAAAGAGUCGUUGUUGUCAGUGGAAGCUACACCUUCGUGAACAACGAAGGCGAGCUUGACACCAUCAAAUAUUUCGCCGACGAGUCCGGUUAUCACGCUGACGGAAAGUCUAUCCCCAAGGUUCCCGCCCGGAGAUAAACUAACAUACCGCCUAUAUGAACACACGACUGAUUACAUGGAAUAUUAAAUAGCAUUUAUUUAAAAGGAUUGCUUGAAGAUUUUGUAUCAUAAGAUUUCAUUGAGUUUUAUUAAUUAAUGUCAAUGUACUUAAUAAAUAUAACUUUAGAACUAUAAUA